AUGGAACGACCAGCGUCUCGUGCACUGAGCACGACGAACAACGAACCAAAUCCACGCUCGAGCACGACCAGCACAGUAAAGAAACCUGCCACGAAACCUAGUCUAGCACGUCAGUCGACAUUGACCGACCGCCUGAGCAAGCCAACUGCUGCUUCCGCAACUAAAGCUGCCACUACCUCAACUGCCUCCGGCCUCAUCAAGCCUCCCAUCAAACCGACGGUUGCCGCGAUUGUACGUAAGCCUGCAACGACCACCAGUGCGCCGUCGACGAUUGCACACAAGACGGAGGCUUCUACUGCUUCGAUCGACAGUAGAGCGACAGAUGAUGAAGGCAGGCAAGACGCUGAGGCUAUCACUGCCAAGCCAAAGCGUCUGCCCACCUCAUCCUCUACUAUUGAACGAUCUUCUACUACUCGAACUCCUGCUCCCUCGUUGAUUAGACGAACGUCUACUGCAACAUCGACCUCGACCUUAAGAGGAGGUGCUACUAGCCCUGCGUUGUCCAGAGUCUCGGUGAAAAGUUCUGCUGCUACACGAACAGGCACACCUCCCAUCCCGAGAAAUACAUUUGCCUCAACAAGCCGCGCUAAGCCUGCCUCGACCACGAGCGGAAUUGUGUCCGUUACAGAUAAGAGCCGCUCAGGCACAACUGCAGACACACCAACUGCUCGUACGGCAGUCAAGAGCAAGAAUGGUCACAUACCAGCUAGCGAGCAGGCUUCUUCCAAUUCUGUUCGCAGUGUUCGACCUACCCUAGGGUCAAGAAAGUCUACGCAUUCUGUGUUGAUGGAACAGCAAUUCCGAGAAUUCGAGCUUGUCAACCGAAUGCUACAACAAGCCUUGAAUGCUGAGGGAGCAGAUCCAGACCGACAGGAGGCUCUUGAGACUGAGGCUGCGGAGACUAUGGACAAACUUCGAAAUACCUUAGGCAAGGUACGAAAGUUUGAGAAGAAAAACAAUCGCGCGCCGACUGAGGACGAGCUGGCUGAAGUCUCUUCGGUGGAUACAGCCCCGUCCGACGUAGAAAAGGACUUAGACCCCGAUGACAGUAUGGUCUCUGCUGCUCCUUAUGUAGCUGGUGGCCAUGGGCACACUUUGCGAGCAGAGCUCAAUGAAAGCAGAGCUCAUGCUGCUCAACUAGAACAUCAGAUUGGAGAGUUGACUGCCAAACUUCGAGUUUUUAGUGAAAGUGCCGAAGAAGAGAGCGAGAAAGCUAAUGACGCCGUCACGAAUGUCAAAGAUGAACAUACUCAACAGAUCCGACAAAUGUCUUCGCAGAAUCAGAAGCGUAUGGAUCACCUAAGAACCAUUCACUACGAGGAGAUGAAAGAAUUGAGAGAACAACAUCAGCAGCAACUGGACGAGUUGAGGCGGAAUCAGGAGUCUGAUGUGACUGAAAAGGACGACCAACUUCAACGUCUGCAGGAGCAGAUUGAGAGCAUUCGCAAUGAGAACAAAGACGCCGUCAGGAACAGAGAACUCGUCACAGCGCGUCACAGCUCAGAAGUAGCAGACCUUACACAGAGGAUCGAACACCUUGCAAAGGAGAAGAGUGAUGCCAUGGCGACAAGUGAAGCAGCGCUUGAUGCUCUUCGAGCUGAGACUACAGCACUUGCUGCUAAGAACAAAAAUCGUGAAGAAACUUCACAAUUAGAGAUCGAGAGAUUGCGAGUAGACCUGGAGCAAGCUCUGGCGGCAGUGCACGACAUCUCACAGUACGAUGCACAGAUCGCUCAACUAAAGGCAGAUUUGGAGCAAGAACGUGGCCGCAUAACAGAUACUUCAAAGCAGGACCAGGAGAUCGAGCGGCUGACUCUUGCCCUGAAACAAAAGAAAGAGCUUGAAGCGAAGGUGUCUGAUCAGAGGACUGAACUUGAUCAUCUAAAGUCCCUUCUUGAAACAGCAAACAAGGGCAACCUGACUAUCGCGAAGCUAGAAGCUGAGCUUGCAACUGCGAAUACAGAACUUCGGGCUGAGAAGGACAAAUCGUUCAAGGUUCGAGACAAAGAAAGGGCCAAUUCGCGUGGUGAAAAUCCUGCAUCUAUACCUAAAGUGAAGCCUGACUCUUCUCUACCUGCUUCACGACCUGUUUCUCCGAUAAAGUCAGAUGCUGAGAAAGCAGAGCUUCGCAACAAGCUUACAGCAAUGGAGAAACGUCACCAAGCUGCAAAAGAUAACGCAAAAUCAAAGUCUGCCAAGCUAGCUGAAGAACACGCAGCGCAGAUGGCUGAGCAGCUGCAGAAACACGAAGCUGCUCUGAACGAGUCUCGUCAAGAGCUAGAACGCCUGCAGGAGGAUCUCCAGGUAAAGCAGGUUGAGCUUGACAGCCUGGAAAAGAAUCAUCGAGAGGAGCUUGGCAAACUUAAGCAGCAGAUCUCGGAGUCCUCCUCAGAGAUGCAGACAUUGCAAGAGUUGGCAAAGAGUUCGGAAAAUCAGAAGAACGAAGUGGACGCGGCUAACGAGGCGAUCAAAAGCCUACACAUCGAGAUUGACAACCUAAAAUUGCAGCAUAUCGAGCAGGAUAGAAUUGCAAAGGAGAGCCUAGCAGCAGAAAAAGAACAAUAUACCCAGCAGCUCGACUCAGCCUCAGCACAACUAGGCGUGGUUCAGUCCGAACUGCAGGAGUUAAAAAUGACGAACCGUGCGAUGACCGAAAAUAAGAUCACGAACUUACAGAACGAGCUAGCACGUGCUCGAGGAGAUCUGACCACUUCUAGAACCACUCACGACGAUGCCCUGAAGGAACUUCAGCAAGAACUCGAGGCUGCUCGCAAGGCCACCGGAAAUGCCGAAGCAGAGCUCAAAUCAAGACUUGCAGAGCUUCAAAAAGACGCAGAAGAGGCAACGAAAGCCCACAAACUUGCGAAGACAAGUCUAGAAAAUCAGCUGGAAACGACACAGAGGCGGUUAGUUGACAUAGAGUCUACUUUGGAGACCACCAAGCUUUCGCAUGCAGAGGCCACAGCUGAAAUCGAGUCGACCCUCAAAGAAAACCACAGGCAGGCAGUAGCUAAGCUCAAAAGCGAGCACGACGAAGAAUUGAAGCAGUCAAAGGAAGAUGUCAAAGCAGCUUCUAUGAGACUUGACGAGUUGGAGAAGAUGCAUAGUGAGACACAGGCUGCGCACGUGAGCGAAAUAGCAGAGAAUGAGUCGAAAUUGAGGGCCAACCAUGAGCAAGAGACAGCUACACUCAAAGCCAAGCACAACGAACAUCUCAAACAACUAGAAGAUGAGGCCAAAGCAGCGCUUGCCAGUCUGGAAGAACUUGAAGCAACCCAUAAUCAGAAAGUUGCAGAACUUCAGACUGAAGCCUCGGCUGCUCGUGAAGCCGCUCUAGACGAAAGAGACCAGGGCCAUCACAAGGCCGUCGAAAAGCUUAAGGAGGAGCACAAGUCGCUGCAGGAAGAGCUUGAUUCUGUGAGGGCAACCCACGAUAAGGAGCUGGAGGUCGUUAGAGCUAACCACGAGUCUGCCCUCCAGAAGCUAAUGAGCACUUACAUCACUGAAAAUGAGGCAGCUCUAAAUUCUUUAGAGCGCGAAUUUGCUUCCAAGCUGGCCAAUCUCGAGUCUCAACCCAAGGGUAUUCCCGCUAGCGAGAUGAUCGAGCUGAAAGAAGCCCAUGCAGAGCAAAUUCGAGAGCUUCAAGCACAGAACCAGAAUCUUCAGUCACAGGCAGAAGGCACACGUUUCCAGCUGCAGACCAUGAGAGGCAUUUUCGCUGACCAGGAGAGGCAAGCCGAUGAGAAGCAGAAGGAGCACGAGCAAGAGUUGCAGUUCGAGAGAGACCAAUUUUCACAGGCUGUGCUCAGAAUUUCAAACCAUGGGGCUCAGCUUGCGCAGAAGGAUGCAGAACGUGCCGAAGCUCUCGAAAGAUUACGGCAAGAAAUGAGUUCAUUCCACGACAGAACUCUCCGAGAUAUGAAGGACGAGCAUGAACGUGUGAUCCAGGAACUGACAAGCAAACUUGACGCUGAUCAAAGAGCCGUGCUGGAAAGCGUCACACUCGAGCACGAUAAAGCACUAGAGGCUCUUAGACAAGAUUCUCAUGCGCUGGACGCGGACUUCAAGAAGUUGAAGUCUGACCACCUGGAAGCGCUUGCAGAAACGGAGCGAGCAUCAGAAGCUCGCUACAAAGACUUGAUUAAUAACUCAACUCGUGAACACCACAGCAAGCUCGAUACUCUCAAGGCAGAACUUGAGAGCACUCACAAAAACGUGCUCGAAACAGCGAGAGCGGAGCAUGAAACAGCAUUACAGAAACAGGCAGAAGAGCUAAAUACAAUGAUGGCGAUGUUGAAACAAGAGCAUGAGGCAGCGUUGUCCCAUGCUCAGGCCCAAACAGACAGUGCCGAAUCUACCAUGACGAACAAUGCCUCGAAACUCGAAUCGGUAAGCGCUGCCUUAGCACAGGCUAGAGCCGCGCUCGAAAGUACCCAAAGUGAACACGAAGCCAUUCUCAAGAGCGUUGACGAAGCUCACCAAGCAGCUGUAUCUAAGCUCCAGGACGAGCUUGCAGAUGCCAGACAUGCUGUGGAUCAGAAAGCUGCCACUACAGAAUCAGAUGACAAUGCCAGUGUUGAAGAUCAUUUAAGGACGCAGCUGGCAGAGUCGGAGAGCAAGAUUGAGAACCUGACAAAAGAGCAUCAGACCGAGCUAUCAGAGGCCAAGGCUGAGCACAUCGAAGUACUUGAAGCACUUCGGAAAGAGCUCAGCCAGGUGAGGGAGCAGCUAGCUGGUCAAAGUGUUCGAAGUACCGAGUUGGACGCUUUGAAAACAGAAAUGGAAAAGCUAAAGAGUAUAAAUGAAGGACUGAGUCAGAAACAGUCCGCCCUGGUCGAAGAAGUAGCGGAACAAACCAGACGAGCACAAGCAGCAGAGGAUGAAGUUGAUGAGCCUAGGAAGCCCACUGGCGUCGCUAGGCCGCCCUCUGCUGUACAGCCUAGUCCGUCGUUGUCCACCAAAAUGAAAUCUGCUAUCGACAGUGCUAUCUCGAGUCCUAAAAACAGUUCCACGGGCUUGCAAUCUAGCAAGUGGGCAACAGUCGAGAGUGCAACCAGUCCUACGAACAAAGCUCUGAGUGCUGAAGCGCCGAGCUUCUCGCCAGUGACCAAUGGAUCCUUGGCAGGCCUAGGUCUGAGUAACGGUGAUGAUACUCAUAACGACGGAGGAAGUAACAGAGCUGGCCGAAGCGAAAGAAACAUACAUGGACAAUUGGCUGGAAUUAACGAGGACAUCAGAGCAUUGAACGAUCUGAGCGAACAAAUGUUCGCUGAGAACAGGCUUUUGGCUAAGACCCUAGGCCGUGUCGACGAAAGUACAAGUACAAUUGAGCCGGGCUUGGAAAGAGUGACUGUGGAUGAAGAGCAGUAA